GAACAUCAAAGUCUCGGGGACACCGGCACGUCACUCCUCCCUCUCUGUUUCCGGUCCAACUUACUAUAUUUUGUUGGAGCUGACGCUACUUUGUCACAAUGUUUGACAUGAAGAAGAGGAACAGUUUGGGCUGCAGCCGCGAGGCGGAGGAGUUCAGACGAGCGGCGGUCAGACGGAAAGUGAAAGGCGCUGCGGUUGACUGCCAGUCCUCACACACAGUGAGCAGUGGAGUGUGUGGCUCGUACAGCUGUGGCCGAGCUUGUGACAGGGUCUGUGGAUCAGAACUGAAGUCUAAACCUUGUGUAGAUGAAUCCCGCAAAAGAAGCCCAGCUAGUGGAUCACCUUUCAAACCACAAGCACAUCCUAAACCAACUCACCUCCAGAGUCCUUUGAGGGCAGGACAAGCUCAAGCGCACAGUCCCACUGCAGGAAAAUUACUGCCUCUACAAGUUAAUGGCACAGAGCAAGACCAGAGUCCUAACAGAGGUUGUGUAGUUUCUGUUUCCUGUGCUAGCCCAGCACAAAACUGCCUAGGCUCCCCUAGUCCUGUCAGAGGAGGAAACAGCUUUUUCAAUGGAGUAUCUGGAGCAUGUAUCAGCCCUGCCAGACUUACUCAGGGGAUUCCAAAUCUUAAAAGCAGUCCAGUUUUAGGAUCUCCCAGUCCAGGCAAAAGUGGCACUCAGACCUGUAGCCCAUUAAGGGAAGGGUGGCACAACACUGCUAAGUUGUCCCCAAGGAACCAGAGCCUUCUGGCAAGAAAAGUGCGGACCCCCAGCCCUGUGCUGGGGAGGAUGAGGAGCUAUAGCCUUGCCAAGAACUCUAAAUCCUGGCUAGGACUGCACAGAAGCCCAAGCAGCAACAUGGAAGGACAAAAGAAGAGAGCGGGGAAAUCCUUGAGUGUGCCUGACUUGAUCUUUUACUUGGAUGACAACAGGGUUCCCACCGAAAAAGUUGAACGCUCUCCACCGAAACCGCUGCAAUCACCCGACUGCAACGUGCCAGCCAUCACCAUCAACUCAACAGUUAACCAUAGACUCAGUCAUGCCACAAAUGAAGCCCAUUUAUUAAGCAAUGGCAAAGAGCAUUCUUCAGGACAAAUGACUGGCAUAGUCAGUGGGAAGAUUACAUGGUAAUAAA